AUGUCUGACAACCAGCAAAGUAAGAGGAGGUGCACAAAAGGUUGGGGAAGUCUUGUUGCUCUUCAGAGUGCAGAUAAGAUAAUGAAAGAAAUGCAUCUGUCAUACAAAGCUCUCGGAAAAAACAGCCAAACAGCACCAACAUCCAGACCGUGGCCAGAUCAACAAGUGGCAGGUUUUCCAAGUGAAAAUGGGUUGGCAUUACAGAGGAGACAUCACACUUCUUUACCUUUCUUCCUGAAGAAAGAGAAUGUAGGGCAUGGCUUUGACUUCAGCUUUCUGCUACAGGCCUCGUGCCCAGAAUCCAACUUUGCAAAAUCAUUUAUGGAUUUAGAUGCUUUUCGGACAAUAAAAGCACAAAUACAACAAAGGUUGAAUAUAACAAUGCUAAAAGCCAUGAGCAAGAGAUCUGAGUUUCAUUUGCCACCAGUGACAUUUCUGCCUGUAAGAACAAUUCAUCUUGCUGCUCUAGAGGAUCAUAUUGCCAAUGAAAGCACCAACAUCAGGAAUAUUUUGGAUAUUAUGAACUCUGUUUCUCAGCCUCUAACACCAGUUACAAAAUUUUGUCAGUACCAAUUAGACAAUCUUUUCAAAAGGCACACUGAAACGUCAUCAGACCUGAUCAUGGCCACCAUUUCUGAUCAGUUCACUCCAGCAAAAGAACUGUACUACUUCAGCAUGAGUAACUAUGAUAUGUACCCUAGCAACAAGAAAGAAGGAAUUCAAAAGAAUUUAAAAUGGAAGGAAGCUGAUGUCGCUGCCAAUACUGAAAAGAGUAACCGGAUGAAGUGCCACUUCUCGGUGGCUUGUAAGAACAGAGAUCUUACGACCCAAGGCAGUUUGUAUGAUGACAGCCAACCCUACUCAAGCGCGAGUAAUGCUCUGCUAAACUCGGGGAUAGUUACAGCUCAGAGAUGUAAAGCAUCAGUGUCAAGCAACAGAGACGCCUUGGGAGCUGGCAGUAAGGGAAGAGGAGCAGACAGCUCCUGCAGAACUGGGCUAGAGGAGGGAAAUGCUACAGAGAUGAUACUGGAUUACAGACCACAUGAAGAUGCUGAGGGUGCGAACUUUGUGCUUGACAACCACGAUUUAGAUUCCGCCUGUAAAAAUGAAGUGAUAGAGGCCUACCAUGCCUUUGAAGAUAAUGCUGUAUCUGCAGUAAUUCCUGGAGCACAAGUGCAAGAUCCUUCUAGAAAACAGACAGAAAAUGCUGUUUGUCUCUCUGUGUCUGAAAAGGAAAAAGAAGCGUCAGAAGCAACUUCAAAACACGGUAGUGAGCUUGUACCUCUUGUUCAUGCUACAUUCUCUGAACAAGAACCAGCUAAGGAAUCACAUGUUUUUAAACAACCUGCUACAAAGAAGACUGUCAUUCGUAGCCUGCCUCCUCAUGUUACUCAGAGCUUCAACAUUCUUGCUUGCAAAGAAAAUGACAAAAAUAAAAUAAAGAUGAAGAGAAAUAAAUAUUCAUCGAAAUCUAAAAUGAGAUCUGAAGACUUAGUCGUUUCUGAUGAGAUUUCCACAAAAUGUAAUGCCAAGAGUCAGACUUUUCCAUCUUUGGAACUGUCACAUGUGGAGUCUGGCACUUCCCUGAAGCGUCAAAAAAAGACCCCUCAAGCAGACAAAUACCAUUUUGCUCAGGCUGCUCAGAAACUUAAAAAGGAAAGUUUCUCCUGCAGUUGCAAGAAUUCAGUGAUCUUAAAGAAGCCCGUUACUGCGCUUUCUCUACCACAUGCACGGCCUGCUUCAGUUUUUGUAGAUCUGAAAUACAGUGACAUGUUCAAGAAGAUAAAUCCAAAUGACAAAGGUCCAGGUAUUUACGAAAUGUUUGGAACUCCUGUCUAUUCCCACGGGCAUGAGCUUGAUCGACAUGAGAACAGUUUUUGUAGAGAUGUUUCUUCUGCUCCACCUGGGAGAUGCACUGCUGGCACCUGCAGAUCUAUCUCCCGUAAAAGGGGAGAGAGCAGCCGAGUCAGCAAUACUCAAAAGAGAACGUAUUCUAAGCCAAGGAAGCGCACACCCGGCACUAAGCACAAGCAGAAAGCUUUGACUGCAAAGGACGGGAGUACCGAGUUGAGUGAGAGCAACACAGAGCAAGAUAACGUACCCACUUCUGAUUCAGACUGUCAGAUAAACGCUUCGAGCAGCAUGACAUCGUCUCAUGAAGGCACCGCUCAUCAGCUUACGUUUUCGGAAGGCCUUUCACAAUUAACUCAGCAAAAUAAAAUUUUUUCAAAUUCCAACUUAGCAACUAUUAAAGAAGUCUCUUGGGAGCAGUCUUCAGACAGUCAGGAUAUAUCCAAUCAUCAGAUUGCUGCUACCUCUAGCCAGGGUCUUCUUCAGUCCAGUGAUAAAGGCUACAGGGAACAUGUUGCUCUAAGUGGCAGUCUGCCAACAGCAGACCGGGACACUGGCGUAUCCCAGAGCAGCGUGGAUAGGGAUGGCCGCAACGGCCUGGGAUCAGACCAGACCUCCAUCCAGCCGAUAAAUACAAGUGAGGCAUUGUCCUUUUCUGAUGAACUGGAGUGUCAGUCUCCUAUGGAAAAAUCAAACCGCAGUUGGGCAUACACCCCUCAAAACAGUGGUUUGGCAAAUGAAUUGAGUCAGCCGACAGUGAUUGGGACAAAAAAUGUUACAAGCCCCAAUUUCCAGCCAAGUCAAACCAUUUUGUCCUGGGCAGAUAAUAAGGAUAUGAGCGAUGAGUCGCUUUGUUAUGUGGCCGAAGAACUGCUAAUGCUUGAAGAAAAGGGCAUCAACUCUUCAAGAACAAAAUGUACAGAUUCUAAAAUGCAAAAUACACAUACUAAAGAAGAAGACAAUAGGAUGAAUGGAGAUGGAGCAAUAUUAAAUAGUGCUCUAGAGAAGAGUUACAGUCAAGCCUUUUUGGCAUCCAGUCAAGGAAGUGACCUGCUAAACUUUGAGGAGUCUACCAAAUUACCAGGAAGCAGCUUAACUGACGAAAAUCCUAUCAUGUGGACAAGAGGUGAAGUCCUUGGAAAGGGAGCCUACGGCACGGUAUACUGCGGUCUGACGAGCCAGGGAAAAUUAAUAGCUGUAAAACAGGUGGUUUUGGGUACAUCCGAUCAACUCACUACAGCAAAGGAAUAUCAGAAGUUUCACGAGGAAGUUGAUCUUCUGAAGACGUUGAAGCACACCAAUAUUGUGACUUACCUAGGAACUUGUCUGGAAGACAACAUUUUAAGCAUUUUCAUGGAGUUUGUUCCUGGUGGCUCAAUUUCUAGUAUUCUUCUUCGGUUUGGUCCGUUGCCAGAAAUUGUCCUUUGUAAAUACACCAAACAAAUUCUCCAAGGGGUUGCAUAUUUACACGACAACUGCGUGGUACACAGAGAUAUCAAAGGCAAUAAUGUCAUGCUGAUGCCAAAUGGGAUAGUAAAGCUAAUUGACUUUGGCUGUGCCAGGCGUUUAGCUUGGGUAAGCCUCAGUGGCACGCAGAGCGAGAUGCUCAAGUCUGUGCAUGGGACGCCCUACUGGAUGGCACCAGAAGUCAUAAAUGAAUCUGGGUACGGAAGAAAGUCAGACAUCUGGAGCGUUGGCUGCACUGUAUUUGAGAUGGCAACAGGAAAACCGCCACUGGCUUCCAUGGACAGGAUCGCGGCCAUGUUCUACAUUGGGGCCCACCGAGGGCUGAUGCCUUCCCUACCCGAUCGGUUCUCCAGCACAGCAGUGGAUUUUGUGCACGCCUGCUUAACCAGAGACCAGCACGAACGCCCUUCUGCUCUGCAGCUGCUGGACCACCCCUUUGUGAAAGGAAGACAGUGA